AUGGACUGGAGGAUGUGCAGAUGGAACCAGACAGAUGGAAAAGCCUGGAGAGAAGAGGACAAGGAGAGUCAGGGAGAGGAAGAAGAGGAUGACUGCAGAAUAGAAAAGGAGGAGGAGAGUGGGGUGGUUCAGGAGGAAAAGCCAUUGGAGGAGAGAGGCCAGUGGGACAGCAAAGUGGAGUUCAUCCUGGCUGUGGCGGGAAAUGUGGUGGGCCUGGGAAACGUGUGGAGAUUCCCAUACUUGUGCUACAAGAAUGGUGGUGGUGCCUUCCUCGUGCCUUACUUUGUCUUUGUGGUGACAUGUGGCAUACCCCUCUUCCUACUGGAGACAGCGAUGGGGCAGUACACCCAGGAGGGGAGCAUCACCUGCUGGAGAAAACUUUGCCCAGUGGCUGAAGGUAUUGGCUAUGCUGGUCAGCUGAUCCUGUUCUACAGCUGCAUAUGUUACAUCACUAUCCUGGCCUGGGCUCUCUUCUAUCUCAUCUUCUCCUUUAGCUCCCAGCUGCCCUGGGCCAGCUGCAACAACACCUGGAAUACAGACAACUGUGUUGACUUCUCGGUGCAAAACUCCACAAUCAGAAGGUCAGGACAGACUAACACUUCUUCAGCCACCACUGAGUUCUGGGAGCGUCGUGUGUUGUCGAUCUCUGGAGGGAUUGAGGAGGUGGGCAGCAUACGCUGGGAGCUGCUGCUGUGCCUCAUCACCAUGUGGGUUGUGUGCUACUUCUGCAUCUGGAAGGGUGUCAGGUCCACGGGCAAGGUAGUGUAUUUUACCGCUACCUUCCCCUACGUGAUACUUUUUGUGUUGCUGAUACGUGGGCUCACCCUGCCUGGGGCUCUACAGGGUAUAGUGUUCUACCUGUAUCCCGAUCCCACUCGCCUCGCAGACGCACAGGUGUGGAUGGAGGCUGGAGCUCAGAUCUUCUUCUCUUACAGUUUGAGUUCAGGGUCUCUCACUGUACUGGGAAGCUACAACUCCUACAACAACAACUGCUACAGGGAUACUUUUUGGUUGUGCUUGCUGAACAGCGGGACCAGCUUUGUGGCUGGAUUUGCAGUGUUCUCCGUGCUGGGCUUCAUGGCACAUCAGCAGGGCGUUCCCAUUGAAGAUGUAGCAGAGUCGGGGCCUGGGUUAGCAUUCAUAGCAUACCCCCAGGCAGUGGCCAUGAUGCCCCUCCCCCAGUUUUGGGCUUCGUGUUUCUUCAUCAUGAUCAUUCUUCUUGGCCUGGACACACAGUUUGUAGGAAUAGAGGUGAUAAUGACAUCGUUAAGUGACAUGUAUCCCAAGCUGCUGCGAAGAUCUGGUCGCAGGGAGAUCUUCCUCCUGUUCUUCUGCUUCACCUGCUGCUUAAUGCAACUUGUGAUGGUCUCCGAGAGUGGGAUGUACGUGAUCCAGCUCCUUGAUUACUAUGCCUGUAACGGGUCCUGCAUGUACUUCCUGUCUGUGUUUGAGACCCUUUCAAUAGGCUGGAUUUUUGGGGCUGAUCGAAUGUGCGAUGCAAUAGAACACAUGACUGGAGAGGACCCCAGCCCCCUCUUCAAGCUCUGCUGGCUUUGCCUGACUCCAGUAAUGUCCCUGGGGGCCUUCAUCUUCUCCAUGGUGCAGUAUCAGCCACUGACCUUCAAUCGCUGGUAUGUGUACCCAGAGUGGGUGUAUUCACUGGGCUGGUUGCUGGCAGCCUCUUCCAUUGCACUGGUCCCUGGCUGCGCGCUCAUCAGACUCUGUACUGGUACAGGCAGCUUGAGACAGCGCUGGUCUCGUAUGUGUGAACCCGACAGUGAGCUCAGACUGACAAAGGUCCUGAGGGCUGAGCACCAAUAUGGAACUACAGCAAUGGAGAUGGCCACACUGAACACCUGAACAAAGUUAAACAUGUCUCUUUCAGUUAUUUACAUGAAUCACCAAUCGUGGCCUACAAUUCAGCCUCUUCAAGAUGGAAAGCCUCUGCUCCCCAUC